AGAGAGAGAGAGAGAGAGAGAGGAAGGAAAAUGUUCCGAACAAAAGACAUAAACAGCAUAGGCACAAGUACAGCAGUGGCAGCACCUUUCUGUCAGCUGGACAUGUGACCGUUGUGACCUGAUGUGAAUGAGGGGAGUACCAGUGAGCGACACACCACCUCACCACCAUGACUCCCUGAGCUUGACGUCUCUUGGGUGUGCCAUGGAGGGAAGGACCUGUCUGGUGUGUGGGGCGCCCCAGGGGUCCAGCCUCACCGUGUUCCCGUUGCCACGCAGUGGACGGCUGCGAGGGGCUUGGCUCACGGCUCUGCAUGCUGCCAAUCUUCAGGCUGAGUGGUUAGCAGGCAACACCCAGUAUGGAGUGUGUGAGAGGCACUUCAACUCUCAGGAUAUCAAGAGAGGCAGGAAGCCAAGUCUGAACCGAAAAGCUGUCCCCUGGUUGUCAACUGGCAGCUUUACAGGAAAACAAAGAGACAGUAGCACCACUUUUACCAGUGAGAUCACAGGCACCAGUUGGCAGGAGGCUAAAGACUACAGAAAAGAUUCUGACAACUCUGUGACUGUGGCCAUGGAGGACUUCAACCAUGAAGAGUCACCUAAUGGGAUUCCUGUAGACAGUGGGUUGGUGGGAGAUUCUGAAGACUUUAUAAAGCAGUGUGUAUGUUUGGUGUGUGGUAGGGAUGGGAGUACCUGCAGCUUGGUCGGGCUACUCAAUGCUGGUACCCAGUCAGGGAAAGUUCCCUUGAGUUUGUUGCUUGCCAGACUGGUGGGGCGAGCCAAACGUGAGGUAUUGUGUGUGAGUGUGAUGAUUUGCUCCAGGUGUGAAGCUUUAGUGCAGGAGGUGGUGCAGCUGGAGGAGGAUCUUAAAACUAAAAAGCAGACUGUCAAAAAUAUGUUUGAGGCAACUUUGCAAUGCCACAAGGAAAAAGUUAAGGUUAGCCAAGGAUCUUCAACCAGUGUGUGUAAGCCUUCUGACUCCUAUACUGAGGAGCACUGUGAUGAGGCCUUGGUGUUUGACAUGGCUUCACCAGACAAGACAGAUGAUGAUAAUGGUAGCUUUUCAGGUGAUGAAAAGGAGCUGCAAGGUUCCCGGAAGAUGUCUAGAAGAAGAGCCACUGCAAAGAAUUAUUGUUGUCCCCAAUGCCAUGAAGUGUACACCAGUUUGGCACUCUGGGUUCAUCAUCUGUCAAAACAUUCAGAUACAGAAGAUGCCAUCACCCCAGGAAAGGCCAAAAAUGCAGCCAGUAAGGUGAAGAAAAGGCAGAAAGUUGGGGGUGUCCAUGCCUGUGAGGAGUGUGGCUCAACUUUCUUGUGCAAACAAAGCCUAGUGGCCCAUGCAGCCACCCACCAGAAGAGCUGGGACUGUUCAGUGUGUGGACGCUACCUUACCACAAAGGCUCGGCUCAAAGCUCACCUCUUUAGAUUUCAUGCCAUUGGGGAAGAGAGGAAUAAGGAAGUGGCAUGCCCAGACUGUGAGAAGUGCUUUGGUACCAAGGCUGGGUUACGCUACCAUCGAAAUGUGGUGCAUCGGGUAGGGGACGAGUAUCGGUGUCAACAUUGCAACAAGGUGUUUCAUUACCACGUGCCCUAUCGGAGCCACCUGCUGUAUGCCCAUGGGGAGAAGAAAGUUGUGUGUGAGACCUGUGGGGAAAAGUUCUUCACCAUUUCCAAGCUCAAUACUCACAUUAAUGCUGUCCACAGGAGUGCCCAGUCAUGGACCUGUGAUCAGUGCCAGGCCAAAUUUACCACACACACUGCCUACAGACACCACAUCAAUGUGAAGCAUCUCAAGGUUCACCAUACUUGUAACUAUUGUGGUAUUCAAUUUCGCAAGAAGUCUUCUUUGUUCCUUCACCUGUGGAAACAUUCUGUGUUUAUUUGCCAUGUGUGUCGACAAAACUUUCCAAGUGGUGAAGAUCUGCGGAGCCAUGCAUCAAGUGCCCAUGGACGUGAGCUGGGUUGGAGAGGCAAGAGGAAGCACAUCCAUGCUCUAGCUCAAGACAAGAAGUUAGUUGGAGAUCAGGAGGUUGCCUUGGAGAAGGCCCCCUCUACUACUCCACCUUAUGUACAACUGCAGCAAAAUGAGCAUAUGCCCUCAAUUGUGAUCAAUGACUUACUCAUGACGGCUGAGACCUAUGAUAACAGCAGCCUUCAGCCCUUCUCCUUGUCAUCAUGUGAAAAACUACCUGAGAAGGUGGGUUACUCUAGCCAUGAGCAACUGAAAAUGAAGACUCUGAGUAUGAUGGAGGCUUCAAGAGACUUAGACACAGCACAGUUUGGCACUGUUGAGGUCAAAUCCUCCUCUCCAGACCAUAUGGAAAUGACACCAGGUGUGUCCCUUAUAAAUGUAGAGAUCUUGGGAGAUAUGGAGAUUUCCCAAAGUGACACACUGGGAGACCUGAAAAGUAGCAUAUUGGACUCUGAGGAUCCACCCCAUCACCAUCUGCCUGUUGAUACCCGCCUGCCAGGGGAGCACCUCUCUGUGGCUCCUGAGUUGGAGGGUCCCCACCCUUUGGAAACCACAGGAGACCACUUGGAGGUUGCUAGUCUUGAUGCUACAGGUGAUCACCUUAACAGUGCCACCACCAUACAGGUGCCUGGUUCCUUGGAGGAAGCACCAGGAGAACUCCAUCUGGAUCCCCACCAUGAGUGUCCAUUGCCUUCUAUUGUCACCUCAAUGGAGGCAGAUCGUGGCAGGCUUGUGGAACAGGAAGAGGGGGAGGGUAAGGAGGAGCAGGUGGAUCUUGAGCCCUUCUCUGUGGCCUUGGGUGGAAAGGGGGAGGUUCAGUAUGUGGUGUACAUCUCUGCUCCAGGGGAGGACUCUAACCCAGGAUGAAAAUAUUAUUUUAAGAGAACUUGUUGUAGUUUAAAUUCUGUUGUAAUUGAAGGUGUUGCAGGUGAGCAUCAUUUGGUGUUUCUUCCCCCUCUGUAUAUAUAAUAAUUUUUGCCAGAGGCGGGUGGGUCAUUAGAAAGAAAGUUCUUUAUGCUUUGUCCUAGUAAAUUAUUCCUAUUUGCACUGAUGUGAUUAGUCACAAGACGGAAGACAGUCAUCCCUGGAAGGAAAGCAACCACUCUUGUAUACCUGUCCCAAUAAGCAGUUUAUAGCCAGUGUAACAAGUAACUGGCACAGUAUGUUAACCGAGUGUCAGAUGCCUUGAUUCCCUCUGUAUUUUGAUGUACUAAAAAGUCUGACUAUGUUGAAUAAUAAAGAAGUCUGGCUA